CAACAUAUGUGAGCUGUUGUGUCAGGUGUGAUGUGAGCAUGUUUUUACAAAGCACUACGUGCCGACCACGUGCCUGAUUUUGCAGCGCACCUUGGCUGAUGAUGAUGCCGUUGCGGGGUUGUAGGAUUUGGGGUUGUGUAUGAUAGCGUGUGUGUGUGAUUUUUGUGUCAAUUCAAGUGACCUUGAGAGCCGUGGAACUGUUGCUCGUAUUCGGAACCUACGGGGAUUGCUGGUUUGGGGUUGGAAUCACAACGACAAUCGUUUCGUAUUGUGACUAGUUUUGGUUUCUUUUUAGUGGUGAGCUGGAGCAGCGAUCAUGGAACAACAUGAAGCGUAGAAGAAGUAGCAUGCGGAAAGAUUUGGCAGACUUCGAGUUGGUGUUGUCCUUCUUUGUUUGGGAGGUGGAGAUUGACGAACUGAAAAGAGGGAAGUGUCCUCUGCAGUGAAGGACAAGAGGAAGCCAUUGUCAGCGAAUUGUCUUGUUAAGUUGGACGAUUGAAGUGGCUUAAGAGCACCUGGUUUUCCAAUCCCGGAGUAAGCGCCUCACAGAAAGCUUCUGUUUCUUGUUCGGUUUGUGUGAAGGAUUAGUUUGUGGGCUAUUCAAUGGCCCUAAAAUGGUGGCAACUGGGCUUGGUGAUCACUGUAGGCUCGUUAGGGUGCUCGAAUGCGGCUUUAAGCAAUGAAGAAGUUACUGCGUUGUUGGACAUAAAAGCGAAGUGGGGCAUCAAUGCAACCUGGGACGUUUUGGGUACAAAUCCCUGUCUUAAUUGGACAGGGGUCAAAUGCGACCCACUGGGCAACCACGUCAUAUAUUUAAAUGUCACGUUUCUGGGGGUGGCCGGAGAUGUUCCGGAUUCCAUUCGUAAGCUCACUUUCUUGGAGCAUUUCGAUGCGAGCAAUUUCGAUCCCCAGAAAUUUGGGUACUUAUCUGGAUGGAAUCAUGUUACAGGAGAUUUAAGGCCGUUUGCAAAUUUGACAUCGCUUAAGUCUUUCAAUGUUUCAUGGAAUCUCGGCUUGACAAAGGGUGUAGGCGUACCCGAUGCCGUUUUCAACUUGUUCAACCUCACAGAGCUAAGAAUCGAUAACUGCUACCUUACAGGAUCCUUGUCAUCUAAGAUUGGCAACCUUCGACAGCUGCAGAUCUUUUUUGCUGGAAAUAAUACAAUGUCUGGAGACAUUCCGAAGGAGAUUGGAAGUUUGACAAAUCUACGUGAGAUGACAUUGUGGCUAAACAGUUGGAAGUCACAGAUUCCAACCGAAUUUGGGAAUCUCGUCAAUCUUGAAUACUUGAAUAUUCGGGACUCUGGUUUAUGGGGAGGACUUCCUUCGGAAAUGGGUGCUCUAACUCGAUUGCGGAGAUUACAUGUUUACAAUAAUCUACUCACAGGUGGUAUUCCUGAUACAUGGCAAAGUAUGAAGAUGUUGAAGGAACUUAGACUGUCCAAGAAUUAUUUGUCUGGUGAUGUUCCCCCUUGGAUCUGGACCUUCCAAAAUCUCUCAAAUAUACAACUCCAGGAUAACCGAUUCACAGGAUCGUAUCCUGCGAAUCUCAGCGCUUCGGUGAAAACAUUGAACUUGCAAUGCAAUUUCUUAACAGGAAGCACCCUACCAGUUAGACCUGCUACUUUUCUCGGCGACUCUUGGGAUGUUGAUGAUAAUUGUUUCGAUCCGAAAGUAAAAAGGGUGGAGAACAAGUGCCUUACCAGUACACUCUGUGAUGCAUAUGCAUCUUUGAUUACAAAUAAUGCAUGCCCACCUUGUCCCGUAAAUCAAGAAUCUUACAACUCAUCAUUGUGCACUUGCAGACCAACAGAUCCAAAAAAGAACUCGUAUACCGGUGCCAUAGUAGGCGGUGUGCUGGGUGCUUUUGGUGCAUUGUUCAUUGUAGCUAUCAUCUACGGCAUCUUGUGGAAACGUAAGAAAGACAAGGUGAAGCAAGCGGAUGCUAGUUUCGAUCCAGCACUACUAGCAGACGCGAAUGAUCCAAAUUGGCAGGCACCAUCAGGCGUUCAACGCUUUAAGCUAGCUGAGCUGUCAAAUGCGACCGAUGGUUUUAAUAAGACACAUGAGAUUGGCGUAGGAGGGUUCGGCAAGGUGUUCGUUGGAACUUUCAAGGAUGGUAGGACAAUGGCCAUCAAACGCGCCUCAGGCUCCGUCACAAGUAAUCAAGGCUUGGCGGAGUUCCGAAAUGAGGUUAUGUUGCUGAGCAGGCUUCACCACAAGAAUCUUGUACGUCUGGAAGGUUUUUGCGACGAAUCUGGGUUACAGAUCCUUGUCUACGAGUAUAUGAGUCAAGGAAAUCUGCAUGCUCACCUUUUCAAACCAAAUGGCUCAGGCAAGUCCUUAAAUUGGUAUAGUCGCCUGGAAAUAGCCGUAGGCGUCGCCAACGGCUUGAACUACCUUCAUACUUUUGCGGAUCCACCAGUUAUUCACAGAGAUGUCAAACCAAGCAACAUAUUGUUGGACGAUAACCUCAUAGCAAAGGUGGCCGACUUUGGAAUCUCCAAAGCUACCGAUGAGUUUGCCACUCAUGUCUCCACCAGACCUGCUGGUACUGCGGGGUACUUAGAUCCCCAGUACUUCCUGAGGCAGCAACUUACAACUGCCAGUGAUGUAUAUGGCUUUGGUAUCGUGCUUUUGGAGCUGGUGACUGGCCAAAGAGCCAUUGACCACUCACGAGUGGAUGAAUUUAACCUAGUGGAAUGGGCGAGACCGAAGUUCAAAUCCGGAGGAAUUGAGGCAAUUGUAGAUUCAAAACUCGAUGACAGCUACCCCAAAGAUAUCUACACGGACAUGGCUGAGAUUGCUCUGUCGUGCGCCUUAUUUAAUAAAGAUGAUCGACCAGCGAUGAAGGAUGUGCUCAGCAUUCUCGAACCUCAUUUCCAUAGCUGCAAAGCACCAAUUUCCCACGACUAUUCAUCUGGCUGGGAAUCUAUGGACCUGACAAGCGCUCCAUCUCACACUGACACGGGCUUCACAGGCACGAGCGACAGUUUCACCAACGCCAGCAGUAGCAAUAGCUACAUCCUAGAAAAUACCAGAUCAAAGAUGGCUACCUCUCAAUUACUUCGAUGAAGUGAUCAACUUUCUCUUAGAUCCAGCAAUGAUCCUUGUUUAUCCCGUUGAUUUUGAAUUAAAAUUGGUUCAUGGCACCCGUUCAUUAGUUUCCCUUUGUAGAGGAACACCCCAUUAGAAUCUUAGUUUUUGUCAAAUAUUUCACAUGUGUGACUGUAGGCUACCAUACCUCAAGGAUGUGGAGGACUGAAGACGAGCCACAGCUUCACAUACUUUCUUGGUAAAAAAGUGUGGAAAUAAGUUAGUGGCCUCCCUACGUAAUAUGUACUGCAUUUAGAAGUGUCCAAAACCGGUCUUGGAACUGCCAACAGAUGCUCAUUGGUGGGGUUGUCACAAGCGUGCAAUGAGUCUCUUCACAAUGUGAUGGAUUUUUGCAAUAACAGGGCUGCUGUGAUUUAAAAGAUUGUGGCACAAUUACAACUCGUCA